AUCGUCCAUAUGUCUAGGUUCCUAUCUAAAGGCAUCGGUGACCUACUACUACUAGAUGCGGAAGCCUGUUAAGUGAAAGCUACUAUUCCAUCCAGAACCAGUUGAACCGUAUGUACAAAGGUCACAUAGCCACUAAGCUCGCGCGAUUUCAUCUGAUGGCGGUCGGUCAAGGUUAGCCCUCAGAAUGAUAGAGACUGAGUAUGGACACUGUAAUAUUUGCUUUGAUGCAGUGCCAUAUGGAAACAUGUUAUUUCUUUCUGCUUGCGGGUGUUCUUUUUGCCGUCAGUGCUUAAAAACGUAUGUUAUUACGGUAUUGCGAGAUCGAGUUGAUGUUAACUGUGCUUGUCCAAGUUAUCCAUGUAGUCAAAGUGGUCAGUUGACAGACUCAGAGAUAAGAGAACUGCUGCCUUCUGACGUUUACGAACGUUUUUCUGUAAAGAAGCUUCAGCGAGAAAUCGAACAGAAUGUAAACCUGACAUUUUGCCCAGCAGUAAAUUGUGGUGCUGUGUGCCAAGUUCCUUCUGUUUUAAAAGUGCCCAUACCAAAUGGAAUAAAUCCAUCUACCAGAAGUAAUAAACAUGCUCUGGAACGGUUUACUAGAUGGUACAGAAGAUAUCUUUGCAGUUCACAAGGAGAUACCACUCAUGUUUCUUCCAGCACCAAAAGCACGAGUUUUCGUACCGACGACGCAUCAAAAAUCCUAAAUAACGCAUAUUACAAGCCUAUCAAUAAUCUCAGGGAUGAAGACAAAGAAGAUUGUGUAACAACACCUACCAGUGAAAGUGCUGGAGAGAAGGAUUUACUCCAUAUCUCUGAAAAAACAACGUUGAUGUGUCAAGUGAGUCCUGGUCGCCCAGCUGUGCGCGUCGUAUGUAAACAAUGUUCUCAUGAAUUUUGUGCUCGAUGUCAUUUAAACUGGCACAUCGGAGUUGGACCGUAUGUGUGUGAAGAAUAUCCUCGUAACGUUGUCAAAGGUAAUAAAAAUUUAAACACUCAAUUUACUAGCCAACAUAAUUUACUUGGAAUUUCUGAGAAAAGUGUAAAUGCCUCUGAUCAUAUUAAUCCUCAUUCAGACCCAGAUCCAAUUAUAUUUGAGAAACACCAGUCACAGUUUGUAACGCAAAAUCCAGAAAUCAUAAAGUCAUUACCAUCCUUGAGAAAACCUCCAGAGAAAAACAAAAUAAAUAAAAUCUCACUCCGGCGGUCCAAAAAAAAACGGCGUAAUUAUCUACAGAGUCAUACAGGUAUUCAUCUUUCCAAUCAGGAUAUCAGUGAUACAAUUGAUGUCUCCGUUCUCGCUGUUGGGUUUCCUCCAUAUUCUCCUGAUGACUGGCUGAAACGUUGUCCUGCCUGUCUAGUCCCUAUUGAACGUAUCGAAGGUUGCGCUCAAAUGAUGUGCCGGUCAUGCAAACAUACCUUUUGCUGGUAUUGUUUGACUUCAUUGGAUGAUGAUUUCCUUCUUCAACAUUAUGAUGACGGGGCCUGUAAAGGAAAACUUGGUCAUUCUCGUGCAUCAGUAAUUGGUCAUCGAGUUUAUGUUGUCAGUGUAUUUACUGGAUUGACGAUUUUAUUACUGGUUGCUGCUCCAUUUAUCAUGGUUGCUGUGCCAUGUAUUAUUUGUGCAAAAUGUCACCGGCUUUAUCGUCAACACCGCCUACGCAAACGGCAUUCUCAGGGUUUAUAUAUGGUUAAUGGUCGUGUAUUGAAUACACCUGUAUCUUCUAAUGUACAAAAUGAUCGAACAGAUACACCUCAACCUACUUCGUCAACUCCUCAUCACAGUAUAUUCAUACCAUCUUGUAGAUCGUCUAUUGUUAGUGUUGAUCACCGACUAACUGUCGAACAAAAAGCUGAUAUUCAUUGGUCACCUUGGCAAAACGAAUCUAAAUGUACAUCUACUCGUAAAGUUAUGCAUCGCUCCAGAUCUGUACCUGCUUACUGUUGUACAGUACCACUUAAUAGCCUAAUCAUGAAUUCACAUACGCCGUAAAUUUCAUAAGUUUUUAGCUGUAAUGAAAGAUCAAGAAGUUAUAUAUAUAUUUCACAGUCGUUUCUGUGUUCACGAAAUUCAUAGUAAAUGAUCUUAUCAAAUCAUUUUUUUUUGCGUAUAUACUUUGUAUGCGAUAAAAAGGAAAACAUAUCUCAAUACUUACAUUCUUUUAUUCCUUGAUGCACCAUAUAAUAUUAAUAAUAAUGACCAUUUUUUACUUAAUGUUCAGUAUUCUGUUCUAUUGUCAGAAUAUCCUUGUAAUGAUGCAUUUAUUAAUUUGUCUACUUUCAUUUAUUUUCUAACUUUAUCAUAUAAUUGUAAGUCUGCAUAUAUGUACAUAAAUAUAAUCAUUCCAAGAGUGAAAUUAAUGCAUGAUAUUUCUUUUAACAUCUACAAUAUCCCAUAAACUAAUUUUUAUCUCUGGGAAUGUUACCUGUUGUGUCAAUUUCAGUUUUCGUUUGCAUUGCUCUAUUUACUUAGAAUAAUUAUCAACUUAUUUGUUUACUUAUUUACAGUAAUUUGUUUUUAUCUAGUUCUUUCUUUUUCACUAAAUUAACUUCCUUUUUUCACUUAAAAAAAAACACUAUCCUUAUGUAUACAUGCAAUAUUAAUGUUUUAUCUACUUUUACAAGUCCAAUUCUAUCUAUUACUAGUUCAAACAAUAUAAUAUACAAAAAAACUUUCAUACUUUCCAGGGAUUAUUUUAAUUUGUAUGUAUGCACACAUGUAUAACAUUCAUCGUGUGCUUUUUUGUUUCAUCUUCUCUUUUACACACUAUUCUUACCAAGUACGUAGUUUCCAUAAGUAAGUAUAUAUUAUCUUUUUACUGAUAUUCUAUGAUUUAGAAUAUCUUAGGUAAAAAUAAUAAUUUUACUAGUCAUGAAUUUGCAUUUCUCACUCUUCUUUAUCUCUCCUUUACUGUGAUAAAAUUUUGUACAAAUAUAAUAUUUACGUAUACUAUUUAUUAUUCAUAGUCUUAAUUGGUUAUGUAACUAUUAAUUGCAUAUGAUACCGCUUGUUGUUCGACUCAUCAUUGUUAUUUGUAUUACUAAUAUUGCAACAUGUUACUACUUUUAUCAUUACUAUUUUUAAUAUUAUUACUUUACUUGUAACAUUUGCAUUCUUAAGUUGUAUGAUUGAUUAGCGCGCGUGUAUCAGUUUACUGAGUUUAUUUCUUUUGUCUUUUCUUUAAUGAAACAAUGGUUUGUAAUAGUAACUUGUGUUUAUUUUAAUUAGAAUGAGGUACUGCUUUAAUGGAUAUUAUUUAAAACUAUCUUGAAUGUCUUGUAUAAAAGUGAUUAAAGCAUUUUGUUUGUUAGGCUUUUCAGGAGUAAUUAGUUGAAAAUAUUGUGACUUGCAGUGUCCAUAUCUAAUACUAAUACGCAAUCCUCCUAUACACGAGGGUGGGUUUUAG